CCAGCGCCAACCAGCUCCAGCAGCUCCAGAAAGCGCCUCGCCGCAGAAGCUCUAAUCGCUGACAGCUCGGCCGACCCGAGACCACCAACCAAAGUCACCGUUACACAACCACAUGGCCAGCUCCUCCGCAUCACGAAUGGGGUUCCGGCCUCUCUUUCCGUAUGCGCUGACGAGGUCCUCUCAAGCUUAGGGAAACCAAAAAUUGAGUCUCACAAACCACGUCUUGGGGCACCCACGGCUGCAGCACCGUCACAAGAUAAGCGGAGCUUGAGGAGCCAGGAUGGUGGCUCACGUCUCAAGAGCGACCUCGCGACAUACUUCUCCAACUACGAUGAGGUUAUAGCCGGUGUUCCAGAGGAGUCGGAUGCUCUCGACCUCCACACCUCCAUAUACAUCGCAGACGAGCCUCUGAGACCAGCGAAACGCGCGCGCACCUCCACCCCGGAACCAUCGCGUCUACCGCCCACACCUACCCGGUCGCUGAAGGCGAUAACUCAAUCACCCGCUCGAAAAUCAUCCACUGCCUCUUUGCCCUCAGCGCAAUCCUCAACCGCAUACCAGGUCCUCGACUAUUCCUCCAUAGCCUCACACGUACACGAUGACGCCGAUCCGCUUUCCGAUUCCGUUUUCUUCGUGCCCCAUCGCCGGGCAGAGCGGAAAGAGAAGCAGCUACGGAACAUAGAAAAGGAGAGAGCAAUGCACGAAAAGGUGCAGCUGGAGCGCCUGCUCGACGGACUCCUAGGCCCCGACUGGCUCAAGGUCAUGGGCGUCACGGGCGUUACUGACGGCGAACGCAAGGACUGGGAACCCAAGCGCGAUUACUUCGUCAAGGAGGUCGAGGCCCUUGUCGACAAGUUUCGGAUCUGGAAGGAGGAAGAGAAGCGGCUCCGCGCGGAGAAGGAAGCUGCACACGCUGCACGUGAGGAUGAAGAGAGCCCCGAAUCGGAAGAAUCGCAUGCAGGUACCGAAGCUAACACGCCUCGAGAGUCUCAGGAGAAGAAAAGGGAGAAGGAGAAGGAGAAGGAGAAAGAACCCAAGCCUCCACAACCUAGACGCCCGCCUCGUCCGCAUGGGUAUCUGCUACCCGCGCAUCCACCGGAGCCAACGACACCCUUUACGUCGUUCUACAGCAAGCCGCACCUGCGUGCAGCCGCCCUGGGCAAGCAUCGACAUGGUCGCAAUGCCACGGCCUUUGGGCAGCAGAUCCCUGAAUUUCAAGAAGCCGAGUUUGAGAUUCCAGACGAGUACAUUACGCCGGAAGCGUUGCGCGACCAUGCGCGCAAGCGUAGGAGGCAGAAGCGCGAGAGCGGGAUG